AACUUGAAGCUAUUGCAGUGCAGAGGAAUGGGCUUGGCCUCAGCUUGGGCUUGCUCUCUCUGGCUGUGACGACUUCAAAGCCCCUGGACAACUCGCCAGCCCAGAGCCUGAGCAGAUCCAUCCAGCAUUUGCUCAGGGACAUGGCUUAGGAGUGAGCGGUGUCACCACUGAGCAGCGGCCUGGGUUUUGCAAGGGACCUUGGAGAUACGGCCCCUGUUUGUAUGGCAAGAUGAAUCCUUUCGGAUAUGAGAUCUGCCUGUUAGUUCUGGCCCUCACCUGGCCAGGGACCCUCUGCACAGAAGAUCCUCGUGACAGGCCGUCGACAGCCCGAUGCAGCCUCUUUGGGGAUGGCUUCAUCAACACUUUCGAUGAAGCCAUGUACAGUUUUGCAGGAGGCUGCAGUUAUCUUCUGGCUGGGGACUGCCAGAAACGUUCCUUCUCAAUUCUCGGGAACUUCCAAGAUGGCAAGAGAGUGGGCCUGUCUGUGUAUCUUGGGGAGUUUUUUGACAUCCAUUUGUUUGCCAACGGCACCGUGAUGCAGGGGGACCAAAGCAUCUCCAUGCCCUAUGCCUCCAAGGGACUCUAUGUAGAGCAUGAGGCUGGGUACUACAAAAUUUCCAGUGAGGCCUUCGGCUUUGCGGCCAGAAUUGACGGCGACGGCAACUUCCAAGUCCUGAUGUCAGACAGACACUUCAACAAGACCUGUGGGCUGUGUGGUGACUUCAACAUCUUCGCUGAAGAUGACUUUAGGACGCAGGAGGGGACCUUGACCUCAGACCCCUACGACUUUGCCAACUCCUGGGCCCUGAGUAGUGAGAACCAGCGGUGUAAACGGACAUCUCCUCCCAGCACUAACUGCACCAGCUCCUCUGGGGACAUGCAGCAGGCCAUGUGGGAGCAGUGCCAGUUACUGAAGACGGCGUCGGUGUUUGCCCGCUGCCACCCUCUGGUGGAUCCCGAGCCCUUCGUGGCUCUCUGUGAGAAGACUUUGUGUACAUGCGUCACGGGGCCAGAGUGCGCGUGUCCUGCUCUCCUUGAGUAUGCCCGAACCUGUGCCCAGGAAGGGAUGGUGCUGUAUGGCUGGGCUGACCACAGUGCCUGUCGCCCAGCAUGCCCGGCUGGCAUGGAGUAUAAGGAGUGUGUGUCUCCUUGCACCAGAACCUGCCAGAGCCUGCCUAUCAAUGAAGUGUGUCAGCAGCAAUGUGUAGAUGGCUGUGGCUGCCCUGAGGGAGAGCUCCUGGACGAAGACCGCUGUGUGCAGAGCUCUGACUGUUCUUGUGUACACGCCGGAAAGCGGUACCCACCUGGCACCUCCCUCCCUCAAGACUGCAACACUUGCAUCUGCAGACACAGUCUCUGGAUCUGCAGCAAUGAGGAAUGCCCAGGGGAGUGUCUUGUCACAGGCCAAUCCCACUUCAAGAGCUUCGACAACAGACACUUCACCUUCAGUGGCAUCUGCCAGUACCUGCUGGCCCGGGACUGCCAAGACCACUCUUUCUCCAUUGUCAUAGAGACCAUGCAGUGCGCUGAUGACCCUGAUGCUGUCUGCACCCGCUCAGUCAGUGUGCGGCUGUCUGCCCUGCACAACAGCCUCAUGAAGCUGAAGCACGGGGGAGGGGUGGCCAUCGAUGGUCAGGAUGUCCAGAUUCCCUUCCUGCAAGGUGACCUCCGUAUCCAGCACACGGUGAUGGCUUCUGUACGCCUCAGCUAUGGGGAGGACCUGCAGAUGGAAUGGGAUGGCCGCGGGCGGCUACUGGUUAAGCUGUCCCCAAUCUAUUCUGGGAAGACCUGUGGUUUGUGUGGGAAUUACAAUGGCAACAAGGGAGACGACUUCCUCACGCCGGCCGGCCUGGUGGAGCCUCUGGUGGUAGACUUUGGAAACGCCUGGAAGCUUCAAGGGGAUUGUCCGGACCUGCACAGACAACACAGCGACCCCUGCAGCCUGAACCCACGCUUGACCAGGUUUGCGGAGGAGGCUUGUGCGCUCCUGACGUCCUCCAAGUUCGAGACCUGCCACCAUGCGGUCAGCCCUCUGCCCUACCUGCAGAACUGUCGUUAUGAUGUUUGCUCCUGCGCUGACAGCCAGGAUUGCCUGUGUAGCGCAGUAGCUAACUACGCUGCUGCGUGUGCCCGAAAAGGCGUGCACAUCGGGUGGCGGGAGCCAGACUUCUGUGCUCUGAGCUGCCCACAGGGCCAGGUGUACCUGCAGUGUGGCAAUUCCUGCAACAUGACCUGCCGCUCCCUCUCCCUUCCGGAUGAAGAAUGCAGUGAAGUCUGUCUUGAAGGCUGCUUCUGCCCCCCAGGGCUCUACCAGGAUGAAAGAGGGGACUGUGUGCCCAAGGCCCAGUGUCCCUGUUACCACGACGGUGAGCUCUUCCAGCCUGCAGACAUCUUCUCAGACCACCACACCAUGUGUUACUGUGAAGAUGGCUUCAUGCACUGUACCACGAGUGGUGCCUCGGGGAGCCUGUUGCCUAACAUUGUCCUCAGCAGCCCCUUGUCUCACCGCAGCAAAAGGAGCCUCUCCUGUCGGCCACCCAUGGUCAAGUUGGUAUGUCCUGCUGACAACCCACGGGCUCAAGGGCUGGAGUGUGCUAAGACGUGCCAGAACUAUGACCUGGAAUGCAUGAGUCUGGGCUGUGUGUCAGGCUGCCUCUGUCCCCCAGGCAUGGUCCGGCACGAAAACAGGUGUGUGGCCUUGGAGCGCUGUCCCUGCUUCCACCAGGGUGAGGCGUACUCCCCAGGAGAUACAGUGAAGAUCGGCUGCAACACCUGUGUCUGCCGGGACCGGAGGUGGAACUGUACAACCCACGUGUGUGACGCCACUUGCUCUGCCCUUGGUAUGGCUCACUACCUCACCUUCGAUGGUCUCAAGUACCUGUUCCCUGGGGAGUGUCAGUACGUUCUGGUGCAGGAUUACUGUGGCGGUAGCUCUGGGACCUUUCGGAUCCUGGUGGGGAAUGAGGGUUGCACUUAUCCCUCGGUGAAAUGCAAGAAACGGGUGACCAUCCUGGUGGAUGGAGGGGAGAUUGAACUGUUCAAUGGAGAGGUGAAUGUUAAGAGACCUCUGAAAGAUGAGUCUCACUUUGAGAUGGUGGAGUCGGGCCAGUACGUCAUCCUGCUGCUGGGUCAGGGCCUUUCUGUGGUCUGGGACCACCGCCUCAGCAUCUCCGUGGUCCUGAAGUACACAUACCAGGAACACGUGUGUGGCCUGUGUGGGAACUUCGAUGGUAUCCAGAACAAUGACUUCACCAGCAGCAGCCUUCAGGUGGAGGAAGACCCCAUUGACUUUGGGAACUCCUGGAAAGUGAGCCCACAGUGUGCCGACACAAGAAAGCUGUCACUAGACGUUUCCCUUGCCGCCUGCCACAACAAUAUCAUGAAACAGACAAUGGUGGACUCAUCUUGCAGAAUCCUUACCAGUGACAUCUUCCAGGGCUGCAACAGGCUGGUGGACCCCGAGCCAUACCUGGACAUCUGCAUUUAUGACACUUGCUCCUGUGAGUCCAUCGGGGACUGCUCCUGUUUCUGUGACACCAUCGCUGCCUAUGCCCACGUGUGCGCCCAGCAUGGCCAGGUGGUAGCCUGGAGGAAACCCACACUGUGCCCCCAGAGCUGUGAAGAAAGGAACGUUCGGGAAAACAGCUAUGAGUGUGAGUGGCGCUAUAACAGCUGUGCACCCGCCUGCCCGGUCACAUGCCAGCACCCUGAGCCUCUGGCUUGUCCUGUACAGUGUGUGGAGGGCUGCCAUGCACACUGCCCUCCAGGGAAAAUCCUGGAUGAACUUCUGCAGACCUGUGUGGAUGCCCAAGACUGCCCUGUGUGUGAGGUGGCUGGUCGGCGCUUGGCUUCCGGGAAGAAAAUCACCCUGAGUCCCAAUGACCCUCAGCACUGUCAGAAUUGUCACUGUGAUGGUGUGAACCUUACCUGUGAAGCCUGCCAAGAGCCCGGAGGCCUGGUGGUACCCCCAACAGAUGCCCCAGUCAGCUCCACCACCCCAUAUGUUGAGGACACCCCCGAACCCCCCCUGCACAACUUCUACUGCAGCAAGCUGCUGGAUCUCGUCUUCCUCCUGGAUGGCUCCUACAGGCUGUCUGAGGCUGAGUUUGAAGUGCUCAAAGCUUUUGUGGUGGGUACGAUGGAGAGGCUACACAUCUCUCAGAAGCGCAUCCGCGUGGCAGUGGUAGAGUACCAUGAUGGCUCCCAUGCCUACCUUGAGCUCAGGGCCCGGAAGCGACCCUCAGAGCUUCGGCGCAUCGCCAGCCAGAUUAAGUAUGUGGGCAGCCAGUUGGCCUCUACCAGUGAGGUUUUGAAGUACACACUGUUCCAGAUCUUUGGCAAAAUUGACCGUCCUGAAGCCUCCCGUGUCAUUCUGCUCCUGACCGCUAGCCAGGAGCCCCAACGGAUGGCUAGGUAUUUCACCCGCUAUCUCCAAGGUUUCAAGAAGAAGAAGGUCAUUCUGAUCCCUGUGGGCAUUGGGCCGCACGCCAACCUCAAACAGAUCCGCCUCAUUGAGAAGCAGGCCCCUGAGAACAAGGCCUUUCUGCUUAGUGGGGUGGAUGAGCUGGAGCAGAGAAGAGAUGAGAUAAUUAACUACCUCUGUGACCUUGCCCCCGAGGCCCCAGCCCCUACUAAGCCUCCACAGGUAGCACACAUCACUGUGAGCCCUGGUAUCUCUGGGGUUUCAUCACCAGGACCCAAAAGGAAGUCUCUGGUUCUGGAUGUGGUGUUUGUCCUGGAGGCGUCAGACGAAGUUGGUGAAGCCAACUUCAAUAAGAGCAAGGAGUUCCUGGAGGAGGUUAUCCAGCGCAUGGAUGUGAGCCCGGCUGGGACGCACAUCGCAGUUCUGCAGUACUCAUACACAGUAAACGUGGAGUACACCUUCAAGGAGGCCCAGUCCAAGGAGGAUGUGCUGCGACAUGUGCGAGAGAUCCGCUACCAGGGGGGCAACAGGACAAACACUGGGCAGGCCCUGCAGUACCUUUCUGAGCACAGCUUCUCUCCCAGCCAGGGGGACCGGGAGCAGGCACCUAACCUGGUCUACAUGGUCACGGGGAACCCUGCCUCUGAUGAGAUCAGGAGGUUGCCUGGAGACAUCCAGGUGGUACCCAUUGGGGUGGGCUCCAGGGCCAACCUGCAGGAACUGGAGAGGAUCAGCAGACCCAUCGCUCCCAUCUUCAUCCAAGACUUUGAGACACUUCCCCGAGAGGCUCCCGACCUGGUCCUGAGGACGUGCUGCUCCAAGGAGGGGCUGCAGCUGCCCACCCUCCCCCCUCUCCCUGACUGCAGCCAACCCCUGGAUGUGGUCCUGCUCCUGGAUGGCUCCUCUAGCUUGCCUGCAUCUUCCUUUGAUGAGAUGAAGAGUUUUGCCAAAGCUUUCAUCUCAAAGGCCAACAUUGGGCCCCAUCUCACUCAGGUGUCCGUGAUACAAUACGGAAGCAUCAAUACCAUCGAUGUACCGUGGAAUGUGGCCCAGGAGAAAGCCUAUCUACAGAGUUUGGUGGACCUCAUGCAGCAGGAGGGCGGCCCCAGCCAGAUUGGGAAUGCUCUGGCCUUUGCCGUGCGCUAUGUAACUUCACAGAUCCAUGGAGCCAGGCCUGGAGCCUCCAAAGCAGUGGUCAUGAUCAUCAUGGAUACCUCCUUGGAUUCGGUGGACACAGCAGUGGAUGCUGCCAGAUCCAACCGGGUGGCAGUGUUCCCCAUUGGGGUUGGGGAUCGAUAUGAUGAAGCCCAGCUGAGGAUCUUGGCAGGCCCUGGGGCCAGCUCCAAUGUGGUAAAGCUCCAGCAAGUUGAAGACCUCCUCACCAUGGUCACCCCGGGAAACUCCUUCUUCCACAGACUGUGUUCUGGGUUUUCUGGAGUUUGUGUGGAUGAGGAUGGGAACGAGAAGAGGCCUGGAGACGUCUGGACCUUGCCAGAUCAGUGCCACACAGUGACUUGCUUGGCAAAUGGUCAGACCUUGUUGCAGAGUCAUCGGGUCAAUUGUGACCAUGGACCCCGGCCUUCAUGUUCCAACAGCCAGUCUCCCGUUCGGGUGGAGGAGACCUGUGGCUGCCGCUGGACCUGCCCUUGUGUGUGCACGGGCAGUUCCACUCGGCACAUCGUCACCUUCGAUGGACAGAAUUUCAAGCUUACCGGCAACUGCUCCUACGUCAUCUUUCAAAACAAGGAGCAGGACCUGGAAGUGGUCCUCCAUAAUGGGGCCUGCAGCCCUGGGGCCGUGCAAACCUGCAUGAAGACCAUCGAGGUUAAGCAUGCUGGCCUCUCUGUUGAGCUGCGCAGUGACAUGGAGAUGGCAGUGAAUGGGAGACCCGUCCUUGCCCCGUACGUGGGUGGAAAUAUGCAAGUCAGCAUCUAUGGUGCUAUCAUGUAUGAAGUCAGGUUCACCCAUCUUGGUCACACUCUCACAUUUACUCCACAAAACAACGAGUUCCAACUGCAGCUUAGCCCCAAGACCUUUGCUUCGAAGAUGUAUGGUCUCUGUGGAAUCUGUGACGAAAAUGGGGCCAAUGACUUCACAUUGCGAGAUGGCACGGUCACCACAGACUGGAAGAGGCUUAUCCAGGAAUGGACCGUGCAGCAGCCAGGGAGCACAUGCCAGUCUGUUCCUGAAGAGCAGUGUCCCAUCUCUGACAGCUCCCACUGCCAGGUCCUCCUCUCAGCAUCGUUUGCUGAAUGCCACAAGGUCAUCGCUCCAGCCACAUUCCAUACAAUCUGCCAGCAAGACAGUUGCCACCAGGAGCGAGUGUGUGAGGUGAUUGCUUCUUACGCCCAUCUCUGUCGGACUAAUGGAGUCUGUGUUGAUUGGAGGACAACUGACUUCUGUGCUAUGUCAUGCCCACCAUCCCUGAUAUAUAACCACUGUGAGCGUGGCUGCCCUCGGUACUGUGAUGGAAACACUAGCUUCUGUGGCGACCACCCCUCAGAAGGCUGCUUCUGCCCCCAACACCAAGUCUUGCUGGAAGGCAGCUGUGUCCCCGAAGAGGCCUGCACUCAGUGUGUUGGGGACGAUGGAGUCCGACAUCAGUUCCUAGAGACCUGGGUCCCAGACCAUCAGCCCUGUCAGAUCUGUAUGUGCCUCAGUGGGAGGAAGAUUAACUGCACUGCACAGCCAUGUCCCACAGCCCGGGCUCCCACCUGUGGCCCUUGUGAAGUGGCUCGUCUCAAGCAGAGUGCAGACCUGUGCUGCCCAGAGUAUGAGUGUGUGUGUGACCUGGUCAACUGCAACUUGCCACCAGUGCCUCCGUGUGAAGGAGGACUCCAGCCAACCCUGACCAACCCUGGAGAAUGCAGACCCACCUUUACCUGUGCCUGCAGGAAAGAAGAGUGCAAAAGAGUGUCCCCACCCUCCUGCCCCCCUCACCGGACACCCACCCUUCGGAAGACCCAGUGCUGUGAUGAGUAUGAAUGCACUUGCAGCUGUGUCAACUCCACGCUGAGCUGCCCACUUGGCUACCUGGCCUCGGCCACCACCAAUGACUGUGGCUGCACCACAACCACCUGUCUCCCUGACAAGGUUUGUGUCCACCGAGGCACCGUCUACCCUGUGGGCCAGUUCUGGGAGGAGGGCUGUGACACAUGCACCUGCACCGACAUGGAGGAUACUGUUGUGGGCCUGCGUGUGGCUCAAUGCUCUCAGAAGCCCUGUGAAGACAGCUGUCAGCCAGGUUUUUCUUAUGUUCUCCACGAAGGGGAGUGCUGUGGAAAGUGCCUGCCGUCUGCUUGCAAGGUGGCUGGCUCACCGAGGGGUGAUUCCCUCUCUUCCUGGAAGAGCGUUGGGUCUCAGUGGGCUGUUCCUGAGAACCCCUGCCUCAUCAAUGAGUGUGUCCGAGUGGAGGACGCAGUGUUUGUGCAGCAGAGGAACAUCUCCUGCCCACAGCUGGCUGUCCCUACCUGUCCCACGGGCUUCCAGCUGAACUGUGAGACCUCAGCAUGCUGUCCCAGCUGUCACUGUGAGCCUGUGGAGGCCUGCCUGCUCAAUGGCACCAUCAUUGGGCCCGGGAAGAGUGUGAUGGUUGACUUAUGCACGACCUGCCGUUGCAUUGUUCAGAGAGGAGCCAUCUUCAGAUUCAAGCUGGAGUGCAGAAAGACCACCUGUGAGGCCUGCCCUGUGGGCUAUCGGGAGGAGAAGAGUCAGAGCGAAUGCUGUGGCCGGUGCCUGCCUACGGCUUGCACUAUUCAGCUGAGAGGAGGACGGGUCAUGACCCUGAAGCAAGAUGAGACAUUCCAGGAUGGCUGUGACAGUCAUCUGUGCAGGGUCAACGAGAGAGGGGAGUACAUUUGGGAGAAGAGGGUCACGGGCUGCCCCCCAUUCGAUGAACGCAAGUGUCUGGCUGAAGGAGGCAAAAUCGUGAAAAUUCCAGGCACCUGCUGUGACACGUGUGAGGAGCCCGAUUGCAAAGACAUCACAGCCAAGGUGCAGUAUAUCAAAGUGGGAGAUUGUAAGUCGGAAGAGGAAGUGGACAUUCACUAUUGCCAGGGAAAGUGCGCCAGCAAAGCUGUGUACUCCAUUGACAUCGAGGAUCUUCAGGAACAGUGCUCCUGCUGCUGGCCCUCAAGUACAGAGCGCAUGCGUGUGCCCUUGCUCUGCACCAAUGGCUCGGUUGUGCACCACGAGGUCAUCAAUGCCAUGCAAUGCAGAUGUUCUCCCCGUAAUUGUGGCAAGUGAGGCCUGUGCAGCCACGGCAGACUCCUACUGCUACCCAUGCUGUGGCCUGACCAGCCAGAGAACCUCUCUCUCCCCUGUGCAUCCUGCCCUUUGUGCCCUCCUGGGCCCACAAUAAAGGCCAAGUUCUCCUCUUAA